AUGCUUUCACAGCAAGCGCACGGUCUACGCAACGCAAUCUGUAGGACCAAGUAUCAUGGUUACUGGACAACCCGGUCUUCAUUCUCAACGUCCCUUCGGCGCAAUGGCUACGACUCUACCAUUCAGAAUCUCAAGAUCGGCGCACACACACGCGUCAUCUUCCAAGGUUUCACAGGGAAACAGGCCACCGCAAACGCAAAAGAAUCAAUACAAUGGGGCACCAACGUAGUUGGCGGUGUGAAGCCCAAUGGAUCUGGAGAGCAUCUGGGUUUGCCAGUAUUGCCAUCUGUGAGGGCGGCAAUGGAGCAAUUGAAGCCGGAUGCAACAGGCAUCUACGUGGCUGCACAUCAGGCUACUGCUGCGAUUGAAGAGGCGAUCAAGGCUGAGGUCCCACUCAUUGUUGCAGUGGCUGAGCAUAUCCCCUUGCAUGAUAUGAUGAGGAUACAUUCAAUGCUGCAAUCACAAUCAAAGUCGCGGCUUAUUGGUGCCAACGCACCCGGCAUAAUCUCAGCUAUUGGUCGAUGCAGAAUUGGUUUUCAGCCAUUGCCGACCUUUUCCCCUGGCCACAUCGGUAUUGUAGCAAAAUCCGGUACUCUCUCGUACGAGACGGUCGGAUCUUUGACUAGGGCCGGCCUUGGUCAGAGCCUUUGUAUUGCUGUCGGAGGCGACGUAAUAGCAGGAACAAAUUUUGUCGAUGCUCUGAAAGUUUUUGAGCAUGACAAGGAUACAGAAGCUAUUAUCGUUGUGGGUGAACUUGGCGGUACCAUCGAAGAGGAGGCAGCGGAUUGGAUCAUAAAUUAUAGGAGACGCGUUAAGGAUCCGAAACCUAUCGCAGCUGUCAUAGGAGGCUUCCAAGCACCGCAUGGCAAGGUAAUGGGACAUGCCGGUGCGUGGGUGGGCUUGGGCGAAGGUACGGCGGAGUCAAAGUACAAAGCAUUGGAAAGAGCUGGCGUUACUAUGGUGGAUCAUCCUGCAAAAUUUGGUGGGGUAAUAAAGGAUAUUCUGGCAAAGUCCGGUCGCAGUGAGCAAUCAGCAGCGCAACAACGUCGCUCAUACCACACGUCUCGCUUCUCGCGUCGGCCUCAGGUUCCAGUCACAGGUCCAACACAAUUACACCAAAAGCAUUCCCUUCAUCUCACAGCAGAGCAAUCAACAGCUCUUCUCAAAAGCCACAACAUCCAUCUGACAUUACCCCCCGAAGGCUCGCCAUCAACACAUUAUCUCGGAAUAUCCCCCCAUCGCUCUAAUCGCUCUCCCUCUAUAAUCGCUGCACCCACUGCAAACCCCUCACAGCUGAACCAACGCGUCCGUCGCUUCCCCUUUGACUAUCGCUCCGGCCCAAGCGCUGGAGCCAUUGCUGAUGCAAUCGCCCACCUACAACUCGAUGCCGCCCCACCCAAAGCCAAAGCACAAGUCGUGCAACUAAUCCACAACCUCUGGACCUUGUACACCGAGAAAGAAGCCAUCGACGCCCAUGUUAACUUAGCCUUGUCCGUAGACGACGAUGAGUUAUUGAUUUACUCGCCAUACCUCUUCUUUGACGACGCAGCGUUCAAGUCGGGCAAGCGACAAGCACAUCUCCACGCCCUGCGAGAUGAGGCUUCAAUCUCGGCUACAGACCAACAAGCAGAGGAUGCAGGUAUUGUAUAUGUGCCUCUCGCUUCACCCGUGUUCCCUACGGGGACAAGGCAGAAAGGGACACAGACGUCGCCCUCGUCGGCUGCAAAAGACGGACCAAGGAACCUGGUAGGCACAUUGGUGAAUGGCGCGGGCUUGGCCCUCAAUACCAUUGACACGCUCUCUGCUCGCCUCUCUGCACCCCCUCAUGCCACGUCCGCAGCGAACUUCCUCGAUACGGGCGGAAAGGCGACGUCGGACACUAUCAAAACGUCCUUCAAGCUCGUCCUCUCCGAUCCACGCGUCGGGGUCGUGUUCGUCAACAUCUUCGGUGGCCUAACUCUAUGCGAUAUGAUUGCCGAAGGCAUCAUUCUGGCGUUCAAGGAGCUUGACGUGAAGAAACCCGUGGUAGUCAGAUUGCGGGGUACCAACGAAGCCAAAGGACAAAAGGUACUAGAAGAUGCCAAACUGCCCAUCCACGCUUUUGACGACUUUGAAGAGGCCGUCAAGAAAGUAGGCGAGCUGGCAAACGUUCAUGCUGAGUAG